GUGGUGCUCACUGCUCUGUGCUGCUCUGAUGCUCACCCACAGCUGUUCAGCCUGGCUAGCCCCACAGAGAGAGAAGCAGAGAGGCCGUGUGUCUCCAAGCCUCUACAAAACAGAAUCAGAUCCUUCUCACGAGCCUCUGUGUCCACUGCUACUCCACUGACUGACACGGAGCUACACUCUACCAGCGGAGGUGCUGUGAGCGGCUGGAGGUCGUCAUGGCAACCCAGAGACAUGUACCCAGUGACAGUCUGGCUAGAACAUUCAGGUUCUGUGCCAGAAACCCUAGUGAGGUCAUCUCCACUAGACUGAGAGACAUGCUCCACACCUUCAUCCAGCACUACCAGGAACCAUGGGAAGAGAACCGCAGCCUAGACAGAGAGAGAGGAGUGAAGUUCUCCAGCCAGACAGAGGCUUUGUACUACAGGGUUCUAGAGGCUGUCAUCAAUCAGGAGAGGAAGAGGCUGGGAGCCAAAGACCUUUCAGGCAUUCUGGAGCAUGAUCUGUUCCAGCGCUCUCUAGUGGCCUGUUGUCUGGAGAUGGUCAUCUUCUCCCAUCAGCCACCAGGCAGCUUCCCCCUGGUCAUUGACAUCUUUAGCCUGGCGCCAUACGACUUCUACAAGGUGAUAGAGCUGGUGCUGCGGGCUGAGGAGGGCUUGCUGCCGGGUGUGGUCAGGCAUCUGACCCAUAUAGAGGAGCAGGUCCUGGAGAGUCUGGCCUGGAGGAGAGACUCACCACUCUGGGACCAGAUCAGAGCUGCUAAGGGACAGGGACAGCUGCCUGCAUACCAUCAGGUGAUGCUCCCCCAAUACUCAGAGGACACAGACAAGAUGGCCAAGAUCCCUCCCACCCCUUCACAAUUGACCCCAAGCCUUGUGAAUGGGAUCCAUGGAAAUGACCUGAACCCUCCGAUUACCCACCAUGAACGCUACAGCUCACCCCCUGCUGGCUCAAAGAUGGCCGCUUGCCCUACCACACCAGUCAGCCCAUCCCAGUCCUCCUCUGUCAUUGUUACUAGACAGACUGUAGUCACCAUGGCAUCAGCCACUGUCACCACCAACAAUGGCCAGUCAGUCACCAUACCGGUUCGAGGCAUUGCCAAUGACCGGGGAGGCAUCACAUUUACCCUCAGUGUUGUGGGUCAGCCCAUUCCUCCACAGCAAGUCUCCAGCACCUCUACCCAGCAGCCCCAGAACCCAGUCACACACAGACCUCAGAGUAAGGGAGGAAUCUCACUGUUCCUCCGCAAGGUCUACCACCUGGUGAGCAUGCGUCUGAGGGACAUCUGUGUUAAACUGGACAUCUGUGAGGCGCUGCGGCUGAAGAUCUGGACCUGCGUUGAACACUCCUUGGUCCACUGCACUGACCUCAUGCUAGACCGACACCUGGACCAAAUACUCAUGUGUGCCAUCUAUGUCAUGGCCAAGGUAACCAAUGUUGACAUGCCCUUCAAGCUCAUCAUGCAGUGCUACAAGACUCAGCCUCAAGCAAGGAACUGUGUAUUCAGAAGUGUUCUGAUCUCAGGGAGAAACACCAAGACCUCACAAAACUCUCCUGGAAGAUCCAACAGAAAAAACAUUGAUGUAGACCCCAGCAGUAGCUUGCUUACAUACCAGAGCCCUCCCACCCAUCCUACAGGACCCAGAGCUCCCUGUAGACAGGACCAGGGGGAGAGAAGACACCUCAUCUAUUUCUACAACACCGUCUAUGUCAAACAGAUGAAAGACUUUGCCCUGCGCUACAACUCCAGCUCUCUGACCAUAGCCGGGGUUGAAACCCCUCCCCUUUCGCCAUACCCCUGCCAGUGUAUUGGAUCCUUGCGCAGACUCCGCCCCUCAAACCACCAUUCCCUCUACAUCUCUCCCCACAAGCCCAGCACUCACUCCUCCCCCCGCACUGGGUUCCUCUACUACAUCAGCAGAAGCCCCUCAAAGCGUCUGAGAGAGAUCAAUGACAUGAUGAGGACAUUUCAGUCACGCACCAGGAAGCACUGUGCAGCCCAGCUGCAGGAGGAUGGUGAGGAGGAGGGUGGGCCGCUUGUGAAGAGACCCUGUCAGGAUAGACCGUCAGACUGGCAGAGAAAGCUCAGGGACCUCGGCCAGGACAGGGCCAGGGCCCAGAACCAGCAACAAUCCCAGACCAGGGCCAAGGCACAGCACCAAGCAACAGCACACAAUGGGACACAUUGAUGACAUCUCACUUUCUUUGACUUACCGUCAUGCUUCAUACUUCCAUCAUCAGUGUCUGUGGUCCAUAUUCUUCCAAUGAGUGUAGACCUGCAAAGAGAAUGGAUGCUGUGGAUCUACAAUGUUAGAAAGAAUUGGCAUCAUUAGCACUCAGUGAAGUUCUCUUAGCAAGCAAUGUUCAUGAUUAGAAAAGCUGAUUUGUAAUAAUAAAUAGGGUAUUGUAAUAAUCUGAGGGUAACUAGGGCUCUGUAUCAAAUAUCAUAUUAUACAUAUCAUAUACACUAUAUAUUUCAACAUUUUAGUCCUCUGUGAACCAUGUCCUAGUUACCUAAGGAAACAGUAAAGGAUUUGUGUUGGUACUGAGCACUGUGUACAGUUUGUGUUUUGGUGAGAGGGAGGAGACAAGAGAUGUCUCUCUCUGGAACAUACAGUACGUAAUUAGUUUCAAUUUUCAAGUUUAAUUUGUCACAUGCACAAGUACAGUGAAAUGCUAAACUUGCAAGCCCUACCCAACAGUGCAGUAUUCAAAAUAAAAGUAUAACUAAUUUUAAACAAAUUAAACACAGAUAUAUGACAUACUGGUGAGCCUUUUCAAAUUAUUAUACAUGUAUCUGUUAGGACCAGAUGUUAGAUAAUAUGUUUUUAUUAUUAUACAGCGUAAUGUAUUUGUUAGGACCAGAUGUUAGAUAAUAUUAUGUUUAAUUUGGACUUUCAGUUUCACAUGUUGCUUUUCUCUACCAGUGUUUAAUUUGUACUGAUCUGUGGUACAAAUCCUUUACUUCUUUGUAUUGUGAUGUUGGAUAAACAUAACUCAGUUUUUACAUCUCCUUACCCUACCGUCAACAUUACCACUACAUAGUGAGAGCCACUGUGGAAAAGAAACAUAGCUCCAUGUUGGAUAUUUUGGCACUCAGAGAC